UUGGCUGGCAGGAAGUUUGCUGUGUUCACGCUCUGUUUUCAUUGAGGCGUGCCCUUGAAAACCUCGUCAGACCUGCUUUUGUGACGAGUGUCAUUACUUUAAUUAGCCUGCCGCUUUCUAAAUAUACUCGCUAGGUUGACGGUGACGGCGCCAUGGGGUUUCUACUGUCUAAAUCCAUGGAUGCAAACUUUAAAAAGCAGCAAGAAUUCAUGCUCCACAAUGCGCGGCUGCAGAUGGAGCGUCAGAUCCUGAUGCAGAACCAGAUGAGGGAGAGACAGAUGGCUAUGCAGGUCGCCUGGUCCAGAGAAUUUCUCAAUUACUUUGGGGCUUUCUACGCAGUGACUACAGUUGGGCUCACCUUAGGUGCCCUUAAAAGAAAGAAACCACUCCUAUUGGCUCCCGUCGUCCCUCUCAGCUUUAUAUUGGCCUACCAGAUGGACAGCGCCUACGGGACACUUAUUUAUCGCCUAAGAGGGGAGGCUGAGAGUAUUAUGACGUCUGAACAUGGCCGUCUGGACCUUCCUCACGGGACUCCAACUUUCGAUAGCAUAGAGAAAGCCCGCCGCGCUCGAAGCAGCCUCGCCUCCUUCUUGGAGAAAUGACGUGUUGGUUAUUUGAGACAAAAUCCCAAAAGUCCAGUCGAUGCAUUCACCCUUCCUGCUUUUGCUGAAGAAAAACUGCCAACUGUCUUUUUGACAUUAUUGAGUCUAUGGUUUGCACUAAUUCUUUAUCAUGGACCUUGAGUCAAAUAAGCCUCAAUAUUAAUGAAUGUAAAAAUUAUUCAUUUGUGGUGGUUGUUAUUUGAGGUGCGCAAGUGGCCAAACACAUAUACUUAAGCCAAACAAAUUGCUUAAGUUAGUAAUAUACUGUCAGCACUGUAGUAUAGCAUUGAAUAGAUCUGUAACAUGAAUAUUCGCAUCAUUACAUUACCAUUUUAAUGUCAUUCACGCAAGAUUAUUGUAUACUGACUCAAAAUGAAUGCUGCCUUCCAAAUCCAGAAUAUAUUCUACUUAUAUACAGUAUGCUAUGGUGUGUAAAUGCUUUUUAAUAUUAAUGGAUUUCCAAUAUUUCAGCUGUGCUUUUUGUAACUUUCCCAGUUUUAACUCACCACAUACUAAAAAGCAGCUUAGCCUCAGUAUGCAAUAUGGAAUUGGGACACUGCGUUCAUCUCAACAGAUUGUGUUCGCUUGUUAAUCGUGCUGUUAAUUAAAGCUGCAUUAAGCGAUGUUGACCACUAGAGGGCAGAACAACUUUAAAACGCUGUCACAGUAACAUCACCUCUACAAAGUCUGAGGUUGUUUUAGUAAACAAAAAACAACUUGACAAUCUCUGUGUAUAGGAAUGCAAUACUCACGUUUUUUUUAGCUCUAGUUCGGCUCACAAACACGGAUGAACAGAGUGAUCAAAAUGUUAAUAUAAGAGAUAUGCAACACUGCAGACAUUUGUCAUGACAGCGGAAGAUUGUUAUUGCUCCAAACUGUCACUAAACCUUUUGGUCAUUGUUUCUGAAAGAGUUAAUUUGCCACGGUCCAAUAUGAGUGCUUAGGAGCUUUACCGCAAAGCUGAAGCAUUGCUGCACCUUUUUAUUAUCCAAGUUGUAUUCAGCGGAUGUAAAAUAUUACACGGUGCUGAUAUUUAUGCAUUGUUUAUUUAUCAUAAUGUUAACUCAUGGAAGCUAUAUUUGAAAAUCCAAUAAAAAUAAAUAUUGCCAA